AUGGCCACGGACGGACAGUGCUCUUUCAAUGGUAGCACACCGGAAGAGGACUCUGAAAUCAACGCCGAGGCCGACGACGAUGCCUCUGAAGCUACCCGUCUAGUUCCGAGUUCCAGUCCUAUUUCGAGAGUCCUGAGAAGGUUGCCUCGUUUUCUGCACCGCUCGGCUCGCCAUGGCGGCGCCGUUGGCCGACACUUUUAUGACGUCUCUAGAUCUUCGGAUACUCGCAGCGUGAAGCGCAACUGCUUCUCUCAGGCCCUCGUCGACCUUGUGGUCACCCUCCGCGCCAUCCUGGGAUACUCAUGGCUCAAUGGCCUCCUGGUUUUCGUCCCCUUGGCCAUUGCCAGCUACUUGGCUCGAGCGAACCAUAUUCUGAUUUUCACGGCAAAUGUCAUCGCCGUGGUGCCGCUGUCGAGCUUGCUCACCUGCGCAACAGAGAAUAUCGCAAGAGAAUCCGGCGACGUCGUCGGCGCUCUGCUCAACGUGACGUUUGGGAACCUGGUCGAAAUCGUGAUCUUUGCCGCCCUCUAUCAUAAUCAAUACGAGGUGGUGCAGUUCUCUCUUUUAGGCUCGAUUCUGGUGAACCUCCUGCUCAUUUUGGGGAUAGCAAUAUUGGCUGGAAGCUUUUGUCACCAAGAGCAGUCUCACAGGAAAGAGGAUGCGCAAGCUCUUGCCUGCCUCCUCAGUGUGUCGGUCUUCAGCUUGCUGAUACCUGUAAGUUCUCAUGCAAGUGCUCUUGUUCACUCCUUCGACGAUUCAAAAUCCGCAGGAGCAGCGGUAUUAACCUUGAGUCGGGCGUCCUCACUGACCUUGUUGGCGAUAUAUCUACUCUAUAUUUUCCUGCAGAUCAAGAAGACCACUUUCAACAGACCCUCGAUCCGUGUUGUGGGCCCGGAUGGCAUGAAUGGCUCGGUGAGGAGCAGUGGUGACAUUCCUGCCUCCAACACAUUGCUAUUUUCACGCUCCAUUCGAUUCCAAGACGAGGAAGCAGCUAGAGGCGGUACGACGAAAUCGCCAACACGGAAAGAUAGCUUGGAGAUGUCGGCAUUGGACGACUUAGGACGGCCUCUGCUGGACUCUGACGAUGCCAACACCAAUCUCGACUUCGAAGGAAGUGACGAGGAUGAAGAUGCCCAGACACAGAGGCAGGCUUGGAAGACCUCUUCUGAUAAGAGAGGGAACCCAAGAAACUCCAUCUACCAAUUUCCUUCGCGAAGACAAAGAUCGGACUCGGGCACUUCGAGUCAGCGACAUAUAAGUCCUCUUGGUUCGCAGACCAUACGCACACACCGCUCGUCCUUUGCAGGUUCGACAUCCAGUCUGCCACGUUUGCUGCUGGGAAGCUCCGCCGCGAACGUUGACAGUCCUGGUGAUAUUGAGAGGCUUGAGGAUCCGCCCUUGGUUAUUGGGAAACUGGCUUCAGCUUACUCCUCGUUGUAUCCUCCGUGCUCGUGGCUUUCUGCGCUGACAUUCAUCGGACUUAUUAUACUCCCAAUUGCUGGCAACUGUGCGGAGCUCAUCACCGCGACCGCGGUUGCCACGAAAGGCAAAUUCGACCUCGCCAUCGGCGUCUCUGUUGGUUCAUCUGUCCAGAUCUCCCUGUUCGUGACUCCUCUAGUCGUCAUUGCCGGCUGGGCUCUGAACAGAGACAUGACCAUGUACUUUGGAAUUUUCGAGACCGUGGCACUUUUCGCAACCACCUUCUUGGUGAACGUGCUCAUUCUCUACGGCAAGUCCAACUUCUUGGAAGGAAGCUUGCUCUGUGCCUGCUACUUCAUAAUUGGAGUCGGAGCAUAUCUCUUUCCCACUCCGGAUCACCGGGCCCCCUACGACCGUCCUCCAGACUAA